GGCGGGGGGCAGGGGCCGGGGCCGGGGCCGGGAGCGGGCGGCCGCGGGGGGAUGAUGCUGGCGGGGCCGCAGCUGGCGGCGGGGCCGGCGGCGGGCGGCGGCGAGCGGUCGCGGCUGCUGUCGCUGUACGUGCAGGAGUACCUGGAGUGCGUGGAGUCGCUGCCGCUCGACAUCCAGCGCAACGUGUCGCUGCUGCGCGAGGUGGACACCCGCUGCCAAGAAGCGCUAAAAGAAAUAGAUGAAGUCUAUGAAAAAUACAAGUCGGAAAAUGAUCCCGUUCAGAAGAAACGCUUGCAGCAGCAUCUUCAGCGUGCGUUAAUCAACAGCCAGGAACUUGGAGAUGAAAAAAUUCAAAUAGUUACUCAGAUGCUAGAACUGGUAGAGAAUAGAGCCCGGCAAAUGGAAACACACUCUCAGUGUUUUCAAGAUCUGUCUGAGAAUGAAAAGCCUCUGGAAAAGGCCAAGAUGGAGUCCUGCCAACCGGAGAGGUCUUCACGGAGACCUCGUCGCCAGCGAACCAGUGAAAGCCGUGACCUGUGCCAUAUAGCAAACGGGAUUGAUGACUGCGAUGAUCAGCCACCUAAAGAGAAGAGAUCUAAAUCUUCUAAGAAGAAAAAACGCUCCAAAGCCAAACAAGAGAGAGAAGUUUCUCCUGUAGAAUUUGCAAUUGACCCCAAUGAACCAACUUAUUGCUUAUGCAACCAAGUAUCUUACGGCGAAAUGAUAGGGUGUGAUAACGAACAGUGUCCUAUCGAGUGGUUCCACUUCUCGUGUGUUGGACUCACCUAUAAACCAAAGGGGAAAUGGUACUGCCCCAAGUGCAGAGGAGAUAAUGAGAAAACUAUGGACAAAUGUACUGACAAAUCAAAAAAGGAUAGAAGAUCGAGGUAGUGAACGCAAUUCGUGUUUUAAAGAGUUGGUCCUUUUAUAUUAAAAUGUUUAAUUUCCAGAGAACGCUGUUUUAGGAAAUGCAUAAGACUAUGCAAUAAUUUUUAAUCUAUAAUAUUAAUGGAGUAUUAAAAGCUGUUAUACCUUC